AGAAGCCCAAAUCUCAGACCCAGAUCCAGAAGGCCACGAAGCUGUUGUGAGGGAGGAGGAGGGGCACACAAAGCAGUCAGGUGUGGGGGACACUGGGAGCCUGGCCCUCAUGUGGUACAAUGAUGAUGGAGAGCAGCAGCAACCAGCAACCAGCCCCACACGAGACCAUCUGAAGGACCCUGAAUAUCAAACCAAAUCAAGGUCCAUUUCCCCCACAGCCUGGUCUGACAGGAAAAGGGCCAGCAGACCUCGGAGACUCCUAACCCUCAGGAUCUGCAUCCUGGAGGACUCGCAGGCCGUGCUCUCAAAAAGCGUGUUUCAGAAAUGUCCGGUUCAGGAGCUGCAGUGUCCUAGUAGCUUGCAGGAGGUAGACUUCCUGGACCUGCUGAGGUCCACCUUCCCUCAGCUGGCUGCUCAGAAACAGUUUGACUUCUUCACAUCCGACAGGAGCAGGAGGCUCCUUCCUCUGAGAGUAAAGACGCUGACACCAGUGGAGAUCUACAAGGGCAUCAGGCUCACCGGAGCAGGACACUCAGCCCUCUACAUCCGACUGGAGAGAAGUGAUGAUUCUCCAUCCAGCCCUGCCAUCACGUCAGCUGGUCAAAGCCAAAUGAACCCCAGGUUAUCGUCUCCCAGAGAUUUGUCUCACCAGGCGGUAGAGGCUGAGGAGGAGGAAGAGGCAGAACUCCACCUUUUAAAGAGAAACCACGGUACCACCACCGAUAUUCCGUCCACUCCCGCCGUGGUGAUAAAAAGCGAUGAAGCCGGGCUCAGCCCAAGGUCAUUUUUCCUCAGAGGCCAGUCUGACAGGAAAGGGCCCGGUAGACCUCGGGCCAUUGACAAACAGAAGCACCUGGAUCUCAGGAUCUGCAUCCUGGAGGACUCACAGACCGAUGUGCUCUCGAAAACCGUGUUUAAGAAAUAUCCGGUGCAGGAGCUGCAGUGUCCUCUGGGCCUACAGGAAGCGGACUUCCUGGACCUACUGAGGUCCACCUUCCCUCAGCUGGCUGCUCAGAAACAUUUUGACUUCUUCACAUCUGACAAGAGCAGGAGGCUCCAUCCUCUGAGAGUAAAGACGCUGACACCAGAAGAGAUCUACAGCGGCAUCAGGCUCACUGGAGCAGGACACUCAGCCCUCUACAUCCGACUGAAGACCGGAGAGGAUCCUCAGAGCAGCAGUGAAGACCUUCAUCCUGUAGAGAGGCGAGAUGAUUCUCCUUCCAGCUCUGCCUCCACGUCAGCUGAUCAAACCCAAAUACACCCCAGGUUAUGGUCUCCCGGAGAUUCGUCUGUGAGGAGGAAGCCUGGCAGACCAAGCCUUCACGGAGGAACCAAUCACCACCUGCUCAGAGUCUGCGUACUGGAGGAUUCGCAGUCAGAUGUUCUUUCACAAAACGUGUUUCAGAAAUAUCCGGUUCAGGAGCUGCAGUGUCCUCGUGGCCUACAGGAGGCGGACUUCCUGGACCUGCUGAGGUCCACCUUCCCUCAGCUGGCAGGAGACAACAAACCUUUUGACGUCUUCAAGUCCAACAGAAGCAGGAGGCUCCAGCGGCUCAAAGUAAAGACGCUGACACCAGAGGAGAUCUUCAGGAGCAUCAGGCUCACCGGAGCAGGAUACUCAGCCCUCUACAUCCGACUGAAGCAGACAGGAGAUGAGGAAGAGGAGGAGGAGCUUCGCCUUUUACAGAGAAACAACACCACCACUGAGUCCUCGUCCACUGCCGCCGUGGUGAUAAAAAGCAAUGAAGCCGGGCUCAGCUCAAGCUGCCCUGUUCAACAUGUGGAAGGUGACAAAGUUGAUGUUCAGUCCAGCAGCUCAAUAUCACAACAACAGGAUAUAGAAACAGAGGAAGCUGAUGAUGAAAAUGCUGCCGAGAGCCAAGUGGACUCCAGUGAUGAUGCAGACAAAGAUGGAGAUGAGGUGUUCAACGGAGACGACGACUGGAAACCAGAUCCUGAGCUGCAGUCGCCAAAGAAGAGGAGGAAGAAAGAGUCCAAAUUGUCUGAUGUGAAGGGGCAGUUGAUUGGGAGCAGUAAAACGCCCUGUAAAGUCUGUGGAGUUUGGUACAGGAACAUGGGCAGUUUGAUCAAUCACGCCUGGAGUCACGUGGAGGAUCCACAGCUUGUUUGUGGAGUGUGUGGAGAGCAGUUUGAAUCUGUGGAAGAGUUAAAGGGACAUUUCAGAAAUGAUCAUAAAACUCACGACUGUUCAUAUUGUGGGAAAUCUUUCCUCACCAUCAGUAGCCUCAACUCCCACACCACUCUACACACAGGAGACAGACCGUUUAAAUGUGACGUUUGCCACAAAACCUUUGCUAAGUUUUCCACCUUGAAUGCUCACCGUUGGGUCCACGUGGCUGAUAAACCACACAAGUGUGAUAUUUGCCUGAAGGCAUUUGGUCUAAAGACACAGCUCAAAGCUCACAUCAAGAUGCACGCAGGUAGAGACAAGUACCACUGCAAUGUUUGUGGUAAAUCUUUGACCAACCGGCGAUCUUUAACUCGCCACAAGACGACCCACUCGGGGGAGAGACGUUACGGCUGUGAGGUUUGUGGGAAGCGUUUUAAACUUCCCAGUGGGUUGAAGUCGCACGAGAAGAUCCACACCUCCAGAGACCGGCCGUACCUCUGCCACAUCUGCUGCAAGACGUUUGUGGAAAACAGCAGUUUAAAAACUCACAUGAUAACGCACAGCAAUGAGAGGCCGUUCAUCUGCAGCAUAUGUAGCAAAGGCUUCGUAUCCAACGCAAGGCUGAACCUGCACAUGCGUGCGCACUCCGGUGAGGCGCCGUACAGCUGCUCAGAGUGCGGCCGCUUGUUUAAACACAAGUCCCACCUAAACGACCAUGUGAGGACCCACCUGGGCAUCAAGCGGUUUGUCUGUGGGGUUUGUGGGAAAGCGAGCUCUCGCCAAGAACACCUGAAGGUCCACAUGAGGACCCACAACGGAGAGAAACCUUACCAGUGCAGCGUCUGCGACAAAGCUUUCACUCAGAGCCACUGUCUGAAAACACACAUGAAGAGCCACCAGGGGGAAGAAAACCCGGUUCUGAACGCAUCCACGUCCUAAAAGACUCAUUUUAUCAGCCUGUUCUGUCUAAAACGUGGCGAUGGAGGUUGUUUUGAUGGCGCUGAAAACCACAUCUGUCCUUCAUUCUUUUGUGAUGCUGACGGAAAUGUGUCCACAACACAGAAAUAAUGAACAUCAAACGUCUGCUCAGAUUUGUAAACUUCUUCAGUCCUUCUUUGAACACACAUUGUGGUGGCCCCAGGGCCUCUGCCAGGGUGUUUCUGUGUGUCUGUGUUGCAGGGUGAACUUCCUGGUGGAGUGGAGCUGAGGCUAUCCGGCAGAUCAGAGGCAGCUGGCCACUGUCUCCAGAUUGCAUAUAAUCCACCCCUUCCUGACUGAUGUGGGGCUCGACUGCUUGCUUUCUCCUGGUCCCCAGCACCACGGCAUGUUGCCUUGUUGCUCCUUUGUUUGUUUAAGUUAACCCGGCAUUAUGUUUUGCAACUUAAAUAAAUUUUCUGGUAAUCCUCUAUUUGCUGUGGUCUCUGAGCCGGGCCAUAACAAAUUGGGGGCUCGUCAAAGUCAUGAAUUAUGCUGUUAACAGUGGUUAAUUAAUGUAUUGUUGACCGUUAAAACGAUGAGUAGGAGCGUGUUGUAAAUCCGUGCCUUCCCUAGAUGCCGACAGGGGGGUGAUGCAGUAAAUUGGGGUUUGCCCAGGUGGUCUAGUCUGGGAUUCUCUUUAUUCCGCUCUUCUUCUUUUUUUUUUUGUGUGGAAACCUACGUAGGGGAAUUAACAAGGUGUAAUUUGGUGCUAUGGGGUGAUGGAAUCGUUAGUGCAAAUUAGUUUCUCUCUGCAGAAUAGUCACGGGACAAGGAAGGUAAGUGUUGACCUUUUUUUUGCGCAAAUGUAUAUAUUGAGCUAACUCCCCUGUAUGCAGAGCACGUUUUCCCUCUUUGUGAUUCGUGUCAAUGUGAAUGUAGUGCGGGGUGAAAGUGGUUGGAGCGGUUGUCUCGUACAUUGCCAGCUUGCUGGUCGCUUGGCCAAACUACUGGGUUUUGGUGCGUAAAUACCCGCCGCCAGAAACUCCUGCAGACCAGGGUUGAGUUAUGUAGAUGGAGUUAUGCAGUUCAGAGGGGACGCUCAAUUUAUGAGGUUACUCUGUGGCCUUGUUGCGCACUAGUUAGGUCAAUACUAUACAUUCUUUUGUUUACCAUGGACUGAUUGCUGUUUGUGCAUUGAUCAGGUGAUGUUAAUCAUGGCAGGAGUAGAUUAUUUCAUUGACAUUCCUUCGGAGGAAUUUUUGUACUAGGGAUCAGUUGUUAAAGAUAGCAGAUAAUUAUAAAAUCAGCGUAGGCGUCAGGAGGUUAUAGGAAAAUGUUAGGUCUAUUAUAAGGGCACAUUGUAUGACAUGGGUGUAACACCUGUACAAAAAUCGCACAGUCCUACUAAUUUGGAUUUGGAUGGUUUUUCUCAGGAUGUGUCUCCUCCAUGUAGAUUUAAAUUAUGAACAGCAGAAAGAAAUGUUGAUUUUGAGGAUGAAGUCAGAGUUGGAAAAGAUGCGGCAGCAAGCAGCAUAAGUUGAGAAAGCAUUGCCUGUAGAACAAAUGAGGAAGCAAACAGAAAGGGCAAAGUUAGAUCCAGAAAGUGAAAGACUGAGGUUGAUUAAAGAAGGUAAAUUAUGUGACUUCUCAAGGAAUGAAGAGUUUGCUCGGGGCAGCGAUAUUUUAAAUAGUUUGCGCUUGGUGCCUAAAUUUAGUGAGAAGGACGUUAAUGUAUUCUUCACUUUUAGCGUGUUGCAGACGCGAGGGGCUGCGUUGUUUCUGACUGUAUAGUUUUGCUACAAUGUCUGUAUGUUUGUUAUAUUUGUUAAAUUACUUUUGUUAAUAAACAUCCUUUUCUGGUAA